AGGUUGCGAUUGUCAAAGCCACGAACCAUGAUGAAAUACUGGCAAAAGAGAAACAUAUGCAGACUAUUUUUAACGCACUUUCAUCUUCAAGUCCUCAAGCUGAUGUUAAUUACUGCAUACAACGUCUUACCAAGCGUCUUGCUAAAACGCAUAACUGGACGGUUGCAUUAAAAACAUUGUUAGUGAUACACCGCGCAUUUAUAGAAGUCGAUCAAACAUUGUAUGAAAAGCUAAUUAAAUAUAGAGGCUGUCGACUUAUGCUGAACUUAUCUCAUUUCAGGGAUGAUUCAAGUCAACAUGCCUGGGAGUAUUCCGCUUGGGUUCGUGCAUACGCUUUAUAUCUUGAAGAACAUCUUGAAUGUUACUCUAUCUUGAAAUACGACAUUCAGAAAAGUCCCGCAAGAACGGGAGAGCUUAAGACACCAUACUUGCUCGAACAAUUACCAGCUAUGCAACAACUACUUUUUCGCCUUCUUGGUUGCAAGCCAGAGGGAAUGGCUCUACACAACAGCUUGAUUCAUUUUGCCCUUGCAAUUGUUGCAGGUGAAAGUAUUAAGCUAUAUGUUGCAAUUACUGAUGGAAUUCUCAAUUUGGUAGACAAGUAUUUUGAGAUGGAGCGACACGAUGCUAUUAGGGCACUAGAUAUAUACAAGAAGGCUACAGAUCAGGGUGAAAAAUUAUCUGAGUUCUUUGAGAUUUGCAAUUGCAUUGGAUUGGGACGACAACAGAAGUUUUUGAAAAUUGACAAGCCCCCUGCAUCAUUUCUAACAUCCAUGGAAGAAUAUGUGGCAGAAGCGCCAUUGGUUUUAGCGCUUGAUUGGAAACCUAUAGAUGAUGACAGUGCUGCUUCCAGAGAAACUUCCACUUCCCAAGAUGUUGUUUUAGUUGAUUACAAACAAGUAGUAGUUGAAAAAAAGUCUGAUCAAUGUGAGACAUCAUCAGACCCAUCAGAAAGCAACCAAAGUGAGGCUGUAUCAAAAGCUCUUGUUACAGAUCUUUUGUGUUUGGAUGAGGUUACCCAGGAAACAGCUGAGUUAGAUGAUAAAAAUUCGAUCGCACUCGCGAUUGUUUCUUCUGACAAUCCGUUAAAUUGUGAAACUAGCGUCAAUGCAACUUCAACGUCUCAAAAUAACACAGAUUGGGAGCUUGCACUUGUUAGAACUACCAGUUCUAAUGGAGCUGCAGAUGCGGCGAGUAAACCGGCUGGAGUACUCGAUAAGUUAACACUAGACAGUCUAUACGAUAAUGCAAUGGCUAGAGGAAUGAACCAAAACAGUGAGUGUCAGACUGGACAGAUGGCAUCUAAUCCUUUUGAGGAUUUGCAUGAUAAUCAAGCUUCAAGUAAUAUAGCAGCUAUAACUAAUCAGCAAACAGCAGCAACAAGCCAAGAAAAUAGUUUCCUGAUGAUGCAGAAAGAGCAGCAGCAACCUGUGACCGGCUUCGAUUCAACUAAUCCUUUUCAAAAUCCGUUUGUCAACGACAAUUUGCCAAGUUUUGUUGAUAACAAUAUGCCAAGUUCUUUUGGCACUAAAAACGUGCCAUUCCAUCUGCCUCAGAAUUCUCGCCCCACCUUAAUUUGAUGUCUCUUCAUCAAGUUUUAUGAAAGGGACUGAGUGCACAGAUAUAUUAAAGCAGACGAAAAGAGAUGUAUGAGUUGUGACUGGAAUAAUUUUGAAAGCAAUGCAACUUCUUUUUUUCCACUGA